ACUUUUUGUGUAUUUGUCCUUGUCAAGAUAUUACAAGGAAACCAUUAAAAUGUUUUUCCCCUUCUCCUGGAUCCUGGGACCCUCUGAAUGGAUGUCUUUGGAUUUAAACCCAAUUGAUUGCUUUCUUCAAGGAGUUGUGGGUGCAUGUGGAAUAUCAGUGCUGUGCAAUUUGGUGAGAGUUUACUACUUCCUUCAAACAUGCAAUGUUUCUGAGACUGAACCUGAAAGCAAAGCGAGGUCAUCCUCACCUCUCACUACUGUGAGAGGAAACUGGACAACGACUCUCCAGUUCUGGUCCCUGAUGGUCCUCCUGUCUCUGGUGGGUUCGAGGGUUUCCUCUCUGAUAGUGCUGGAGUUUUCUCUCAGAGCUGUGUCUGCCUGGACUUCAGCAGGACUGGAUGCCAGUGGCAGAGGCCUGGACCUGCUCUUCAUCCAGAGCCAGUUUUCCCUGGGAUGCGGCCUCACCUGUACUCUUGACUUCCUCCAUCAGGGGGCUCCACACAGCUCCUUCAGCUUGUGUCUGGCAGCAGCUCUCAGUUGGGCACUAGCAAGUGUCAGCCACAGUCUGUGGAGCCAUGUGGCCAGACUCUACCCGCUACAUAGCAGAGAGCGUUACUGUGGGAAGUGCAUUACCCUCCUGGCCUCUGGACACACCAUACUGGCUUCACUGCAAAGAGCGGUUGUCUUGGUCUUUGCUCUGGCAACUGUGGCAUCCACCGCGACGGUCUAUGACCACUUCCUGUCCCAGAAGGAUGCUCUGAAGUUUUGGACUCCAUUGACGCUCUGCUACACCAUGCUGGUGUUCUACAUUCAAGAGGAUCAGAAUCGACAGACUGGCACUGAGGCCCUGUUGCACACUGUAGUGGUGCGACUGGGAGCCUUACUGGUGCUCAUGCUGACUGUGGGGAACUGGUCUGACGUCCUCCACGUCCUCAUCACGUUCCUGGGUGAAGCGGUCUGCCUGCUGCCCUCUUACGACCUGCUGAAAGCUGCUUUAAAGGAAGAAGACGACACAAGCUUGAGAAAAUAUGAGCAGAGUUCCAGUCACAAAACAAGGGAACACACAAUGAAAACAUCUUCAGAUGACAGUUGACAGUUCACCUGAAAACUACCUCAGAUAACAGUGAUUGAUGACUGAAGGUCAAUAUAUGCUAAUACUUUAAUAAUAAAAGGAUU